GCCUGUCCUCGAACUUUCAGAGAAGCAAAACUCAGGGCUCAACCAUGAAAUUCGUGGCUCUUGCACUGACUCUCCUCUUGGCUGUGGGUUCCCAGGCCCGUUUCCUGCAGGCUGAUGCUCCCUCCCAGCUGGAGCACUUCAAGUCAGCAGCCUUGAUGUACCUGACCCAGGUCAAGGAGCAGACUCAGAAGGCUCUCGACAACUUGGAUGGAACCGACUAUGAGCAAUACAAAUUGCAACUUUCAGAGAGCCUGACUAAGCUUCAGGAAUAUGCCCAGACUCUGACCCCCUACGCUGAGUCCUUCUCCAACCAAUUCCUGGAGAACACCAAGCAGCUGCACGAGCGCGUCAUGACCGACAUUGAAGACAUCAAAUCCAAGCUGGAGCCCCACCGAGCCGAGCUGUACCAGGUGGUGCAGAAGCACUUUGACGAGUACCGUGACAAGCUGGAGCCCCUCUACCAGGAAUAUGCCACCCUGAACCGUGAAAAUGCUGAGCAGAUGCGUGCCAAGCUGCAGCCCCUGUUAGAUGACAUGAGGCAGAUGUUUGAGACCAACUUUGAGGAUACCAAGUCCAAGCUUGUGCCGAUGGUCGAGGUCGUACGCACUAAGCUGACGGAGAGUCUGGAGGAUCUGAGGACCAUGGCCGCCCCCUAUGCUGAGGAAUACAAAGAACAGCUGGUGAAGGCUGUCGAGGAGGCCAGGGAGAAGAUCACCCCACACACCCAGGACCUCCAGGCCCGCAUGGAGCCCUACAUGGAGAAUGUGAAGGCCAGGUUUGCACAGGUGUAUGACACCAUCUCCAAGGCCAUCCAGGCAUAAAAAUGCUCAAGGACUUUGCACACUCGGAUCCUCAGACAACAGCAAAGAACAGAUUUUCUUGUGUUUGGUGAUGUAAGGACUGUAGAUGCAAGAGUUUUGAGAUGAAUGUUUAUUAUGUUCAAGUUAAAUAAUCUUUGACGUAACAAUGCAAACAAAUAAAAUGCACAAAAAUU